UUUGGCAGCAACAACAACAUACUGAGGUGGUCCGGUCAGUCUCGCCCCUCCGCUCUUAGCAGCAGCAUCGUCGUCCCCGCCGGGUCCGGUGGCAGAGAGGAUGGUCCAGCGGAAAAGCAGCCGGAGAUGCGAAUGACAGUGAUGAGAUAAUGGCUCUUGAUUUACGAAAGUUUCGAACGUGCGACUAGCGACCAAGUGAGACGAUAGGGGCAGGAGAACACUGAACCAUGUUGCUCUAAGUUGUGACCUGUGGUGAACGGGGGAGGAAGAGGAGGAGGAGGAGGAGGAGGAGGGCGGCGGCGGCGGUGGUGGUGGUGUAGGCAGGCAGGAAUUUGCCACAGCUCCCUUUAGGCGGCCCUUUGCAAGCUUGAAGCCAUGGGCAACACAGCCACCAAGUUCCGCAAGGCCCUGGUGAGUGGCGACGAGGCCCUGGCCUGGCAGCUGUACGAGGGCAACCCUCAGUUCAGGGACGGCCUGGAUCCGAAUGCGUCGUAUGGAGAGCAGUACCAGCACAACACACCACUGCACUACGUCUGCCGCCACGCCAUGACCCGUCUACUCAGGUCCUUCUUGAUCAGUAAAGAGGGGAACCCUAACAAGCGUAAUGUGCACAACGAGACGUGCCUCCAUGUGCUGUGCCAAGGCCCACAGAUCCUACUGCUGCCAGAGGGGGCGCUGUCACCACGACUGGCCCGACCCCAGAGGGAUGAGCAGCGCCGCGCGGACUCCCUGCAGAUGAUCCUGAGUUGGACGGGGGCCAGGCUGGAGGGAGGCCAGUACGAGAAGGCCAAUGUCAACGCCACCGACAACCACCACAGCACCUGUCUGCACUACGCUGCCGCUGCAGGAAUGAAGAGCUGCGUGGAGCUGCUAAUUCAAAGCGAGGCGGACCUUUUUGUGGAGGAUGAGGACAAGCUUACGCCAUGUGACCAUGCCGAGCGGCAUCACCACACCGAGCUGGCCCUCAGCCUGGAGUCACAGAUGGUUUUCUCCUCCUCUUCAGCUCAGCAGUCAAACACAGACGCACAUGGUGAAACCAACCUGCUUCAGUACAAGGAGCCUUAUGAGGGACUGAAGCUUCAGGACCUUCGCAGAUUGAAAGACAUGCUGAUCGUGGAGACCGCAGACAUGCUGCAAGCUCCCCUCUUCACUGCUGAGGCCCUGCUCCGAGCACAUGACUGGGACAGAGAAAAACUUCUGGAGGCCUGGAUGUCAGACGCUGAAGGCUGCUGCCAGCGCUCGGGCGUGACCAUGCCCACUCCUCCACCCAGCGGCUAUAACGCCUGGGACACCCUGCCCUCACCCCGCACUCCCAGGACCCCUCGCUCACCCCUCACGCUCACGCUCACCUCCCCCACCGACAGCUGCCUCACACCUGGCGAUGAGGGCCUGGCUACGUGUGGAAUCUGUUUGUGCUCAAUCUCAGUGUUUGAGGAUCCAGUGGACAUGUCCUGUGGCCACGAGUUCUGCAGAGCCUGCUGGGAGGGGUUCCUCAAUGUAAAGAUUCAGGAGGGUGAUGCUCACAAUAUCUUCUGUCCGGCUUACGAGUGCUACCAGUUGGUGCCGGUGCACGUGAUAGAGAGCGUGGUUUCCAGGGAGAUGGACCAGCGAUACCUUCAGUUUGACAUCAAGGCCUUCGUGGAGAACAACCCAGCCAUCCGCUGGUGUCCUGCAGCACGUUGUGAGCGGGCGGUGCGGCUCACCCGACCAGGCCCCGGGGACAGUGACCCACACAACUUCCCCCUGCUGCCCUCCCCAGCUGUCGAUUGUGGCAAGGGUCACCUCUUCUGCUGGGAGUGCCUUGGCGAGGCCCAUGAGCCAUGUGACUGUCAGAUGUGGAGGAACUGGCUCCAUAAAGUCACAGAGAUGAAGCCUGAGGAGUUGGCAGGUGUGAGCGAGGCCUAUGAGGAUGCUGCUAACUGCCUGUGGCUGUUGACCAACUCCAAGCCGUGUGCCAACUGCAAGUCACCCAUUCAGAAGAAUGAGGGUUGCAACCACAUGCAGUGUGCCAAGUGUAAGUAUGACUUCUGUUGGAUCUGUCUGGAGGAGUGGAAGAAGCACAGCUCAUCGACGGGAGGCUACUAUCGAUGCACUCGCUACGAGGUCAUCCAACAGCUAGAAGAGCAGUCCAAGGAGAUGACUGUAGAGGCAGAAAAGAAGCACAAAAGCUUUCAGGAGCUGGACCGUUUCAUGCACUAUUACACCCGCUUCAAGAACCAUGAACACAGUUAUAAGUUGGAGCAGAAACUUCUGAAGACAGCUAAAGAGAAGAUGGAGCAGCUGAGCAGAGCCUUCAUUUGCCGUGAAGGCACUCCUCCAGACACGCGGUUCAUCGAGGACGGUGUGUGUGAGCUGCUGAAGACGCGGCGCGUGCUGAAGUGCUCUUACCCAUACGGCUUCUUCCUGCAGCAAGGCAGCACCCAGAAAGAGAUAUUUGAGCUCAUGCAGACGGACCUGGAGAUGGUAGUGGAGGAUCUGGCCCAGAAGGUCAACCGGCCGUACCUGAGGACUCCGUGCCACAAGAUAAUCAGUGCAGCGCGUCUCGUCCAGCAGAAGAGGCAGGAGUUCCUGGCAUCAGUGGCUCGUGGUGUGGCUCCCAACGACUCCCCUGAGCUUCCUCGCAGGAACUUCCCUGGAGGAUCAUGGGACUGGGAGUACCUGGGCUUUGCCUCUCCCGAGAUGGGGAGUCGUCACUCCGUACUGGGACCAGGAGAUCAAAGGGAGAGACAGUCACAGGAUUAUGCUGACAUCCAGUACCGUCGUAGACACAGGCCGCGGCGCAGAGGAGAUAUGCUGAGUCUGCACAACCUUAGAAGCAGCAGCAACACACCAGAGACCAGCAGGAGGAGUGACAACACAGAGGGUCCAGAGAGGAGCGAGGGCCGCAGGAGAGCACUGGGCUCCCUGGACGAAGACGAUCCGAACAUCCUGCUGGCCAUCCAGCUGUCGCUUCAGGAGUCCCGCAGAGAGCGAGGCCUGGAGGGAGGCAUGGAGGGAAGGGUGGAGCUGGAGCGUGGACUGGACAGAGGACAGGAGAGGGGGCCGGGACCCGCAGGAGACCUGGGUGACGUUGCGUUGCACUCUCUCAAUAAAGACGGUCCUCCGGGAGCCAGAGGCUCGUCCUUUCCCACUUCUCUCCUAGAUCCUCCUCGCCCCCCAAACAGGACAGACUCCACCUCCCAGCCUCCCAUGCCUAACGCCCUCCCACUCCCUCCCCCACCUCCCUCUCUCAGUGCAGAGCUGCUGGAGCUGGGAGACAGCCUUAUGAAACUAGGGAACAUAACCACUCCUUAUGACCUAGACACACACACACAGGAGCAGCUCUGCUCACACCACACAUACAACCACAGUGCACUCUCUGCUCCCUACGCCAUGGAACCCGCUUACAGCGACUGCAGCCAUAGACAAGACGCGGGUGCGCUGAAUACCCCGUAUGUUCUUGACCAUAUCACCAUCACAGACCCUCGCUACGACAUAAAAGAGCAGAGUUACUGCCACACAAGUACUUAUUUGGCUGAGGCUGAGCACACUGCCUCCUGCGCACUUGAACGCACCCAAAACCCCGCCCAUCCUAGUUUAUAUAACCGGGAACACGCAGCCACGUAUGACAGCACCCCAAAACCGGACAGCUCUUACAACCCUUGCCCAGAACACAGUAGCUCUUACACUCCAGAGUGUCCUGCUGCCUACGCUCUCGAACAGCCCCCCAAGUCAGACCCCCAGCCCCUCGCCCAGUUGUGCCUCCCUUCUCCAGACCUCGAGCCGGAGCUGCUGCUUUCACCGGUCAUCCCCCCGGGGGGCCCUUUCACCCCCAGUGACCCUCAGAGUCUGGAACCCCUGGACCCCACAACCAGUGCCCAGCUGCUGGACAACAUCAUGGCCUGGUUUAACCACAACAUAAACCCCCAGAACAACCCCCAGAGCCUGGCCCUCAUCCCCUCCCCGCCCACCACAGAGACUGACUCCUCACCUGACACACACACCGAGACUGAGUCAGAGAGCCAGACCUCCCGGGACGUAACUCCCGCCCCGAUCUGGCAGCCCCUGGAGGGUGAGCCAGAGGCGGACAGAGGGUCUGUGAGUCCCUGUCCGGGUGCUGCGAGCGUGGAGGGUCAGAAGAGGCCCUGCACUCUGGAGCUGGAAAACAGAGAGGCCGGCGAGGAGGACGUGGACGCCGGGUGUGUGGCUGAUCUGUCGCUGGACGAAGCGCACACACACCCAUGCUCACACGCCCAACGUGGAAACAGUCCAGCACACACUGCCGCAGCCACAGAGAGAGACUUAGACCUCAUGCUUCAGUUAGAGGGGGACCAAUCACCUGAGGAGUGGGAAGAGCAAGUACACUUAGUGUGAAAGAACGACGUAGAGAGACGAAGGUCGAGCCAAGUACGGAAAUAGUGGGUUUGAGGGACGAACCUGGAAAAGGAAAGAAAACUGAAAGAAGAAGCAAACUGGGAAAACUAGAGAGAUCACUGAUGGAUAAAUAUAAAGAUAUAAUGUCGGUGUUUGGGGUUAGAGUGUUUACUGUAUGUAUUAUACUGUAUCUAGAGAGGACAUAAAGCCCUGCGGACUUUGUCCAGUAAAGAUGAUGUCAUAAGCAGUUUGAUUUUUUUAAGUGCUUUUGUCUGCUGUAAAAACAGACAAACUAUUCUUUAAAACAAAUAAGUGUUUAAAACCGAGUACAUCAAUGGAAAGCUACUGAUAUCAUAACACAUAAAAUGCUGCACAUGUUUUUUGUUUUUCUUUAUUUUAUUUAUAUAUCCCCACUUUCCUGUAUUUGUCUUCUCAGUUUGUUCAGGGUGAAGUUUUGGUGCUGAUCACGCUGAAAUCCAAACUUGCCUCGCACGCGCCCUACCGAGCUCUUAAGAGUCGGCCCACACUUUGCUCACACACACUGACCCCCAACCACGAGCCUAUCCGGAGCUCCGAGAGCCAAAUAACUGUAACCUUGGAGCUUGUUUAGCGUACUGUACAAUCAGAGGGCCUGAUUCUGUUUUUUGGACCUUCACGCACACUGUGCCUGCUUUAGAGAGCCGACUCACUACUGAUGUUUCCUUUUUGGUGCGCUGCAAAGAAAAGAGACGAUACACCUAAAUGUCUGCUCGGUGAGCGUCACACUCGUGCUUGUUGGAUUUUAUGAUGGUUCGAAUUCUUUUUGUAAUACUCCAGUGAUCCGCAGAAGAGAAAUGGUCAGAGGUCAGUCUCUCCGCUACAGAGCAGCGCCCCACAGAGUUGGUAGAGUUGGAUUCAGUGUCUUUUGCUCAAAGACACUUAAGCAUCAUGGGUGCUUGUUGUCUUUUUUUUUUCCUGCUCACAUAAUUCACCUGCUACCCAUCCAAAUACUUCUCUGCCUUUAUCAGAGAUUAGCUUUCACUCAUUAGUGUCAUCCAGAUUACUGUAUUUUACUGUUGCUUUGGCUCAGUUUUUAAAGUGUUAAACUCUGUGUUCAUCACAGAAUUUUAAUCAUUGUGGUAUUUUUAAUUAAAUGGUCAUUAUCGCUGCUGUCAAACAGUAACAGACUCAUCAAACAGUCUAUAGUGGUCAUUUCCUCAAGAUUAUAUAAAUAACAAUGAGGAAAAAAAUGUCAAUGCAAAAGUCAGGAUUUGAAAUGCAGACUAAAAAUGUAAUCUAAGCAUUUAUAGUUCAGUUUUGUUGUUGCACUUUUAAUGUGAGGAGCAUUUUGUGUUUAAACAUAAGCAUUUAGCAGUUCAGUUUGUCUAUUUGCAUUUAAGAGUUUUGUACAAUGAAUACUGAGCUAGAGCAACUUCAAAACGCUGUAAAUGGAAACACUCCUGAACUCCGUUAAGGUUUUAUAACCACAGUUUGUUUUUUUAAAUCAUAUCUAUUCCACUACUGAUGGCUAGCACAGUGUUCUGUUGAUAGAUGGGAGAUGGGUUUUUACUGUAACUUAUCCUUUUUUUUUUUUUUUUUUAAUUACGUUACUCCGCCUUUAUAGAGAUGAAAAAUUCUUCCAGUUGAGACCAGAGUUGUCGGGUCUGUGUGCCUUUUUUGUUUUGAUGGUAUUUGUUUCUUUGUCGGUAUUUAUUGACGUCGUCGCUAAACAAAAGUUGCUGAUGAAAGGUGAUGGAGAACACACCGCUUUGGCUGUUACUGUACACUGAGGUUCUUGGUGCACAUUCGUAUCAUUUGUCCCAUUCCCAGAGAAGCAGUGUCCAUGUUUGGCCAUUUUUACCAGCUCAAAAAGUGCUUUGAACUUUAUUUUUCAAUUAUCCGCUCCGAGUACAAGAGUUUCCACUAUAAUUAAUAUCCACUUCAUCUGAAUGUUGUUCGAAAUGUAGUUGGCCUUUUGAUUUUUAUAUUUUAUUUUUAAGGAUCUUGAUGAUGUAGCACCCUUGAAUCCUGGGUUGUCAUCCAGCCUCUAUUUUAAAAACUUUUUUCCCCCUCAACUGUAAUGUUUACACAGAAAUUGAACACUGCCUGUUGUGUUGAGAUAUGAUUUGGUGCUUCGUGGACUUGGACAGUCAUAAUGAAGUGGUUUAAUGAUACUUUACAUCACGCCAAAGGCAUGUAGAGAUGCUAUAUCCUGUCCAAGAGCAGAUUGUUUCUCCCUUUAUGGAAGUAGCCAGUUAUACAGAAUGUGAUAUGCAAUCAAAAAAAAAAUGCAUCACUUAUAUUUUAUGAUUUGAAGUUUCAAUUCCACGUAUUUCAUAUAAGCAGACAGGACGUGGACAUAUUUAGCGUUUGAAACUUUUUUUUUUUUUUUUUUUUUUUAAGUGAAGUGGUCUGGAGUGCUCCACUGAAGUGAUUUUAAGUAUAGAGGAAGUGGCAAACCCCUAAAAUGACACCCCCACCCCCACCCCCUCUCUUUUUCUCGCUCUCUCUCUGUAUUGAACAUUAAACUGUGAAGGAGCUGGACAGGUCGAAGGUGCUGACGGUGACAUUUCAUAAAGACGACUGAGAUGUGAGGGCAGACGGUUUAGCCCACGACACUUCAGACUUGGCUUGAUUGAACAGAACUGCACGCGUUUAUUUGGGUUGCAUGGUGCAACAUGGAAGCACUGAGUCUGGGGUCUUUAUUUUUGCACAAGCAUGCUGUUGAUGUGUUGCACUAAUCCAGUGCUGUCAGGAAACACGUGGAGGACUGAUGAGUGUUGCUUUUAUUAUUAUUAUUAUUAUUAUUAUUAUUAUUAUUUCCUUUUUUUGUUUUCUUGGUUUUAGAAUUGGAUUUAUGGUGUGGUGAAUGGUCCAGUGCCAUUUUAUAUUCCAUAUAUAAUGUUUAUAUUUUAACGAUCCCUCAGCCAACAACUACAGAAUUCAAUAAAAGGAAUUGCACUCUCGUA